AGCGGCGGCCUUCCUGGGGGCGGGCUUGGGGAGCGGCUGGCAGCGCUUGCUGGGCACCGCGCGGGGGCGCGGGGCGUGCCCCAGUCAGGAGCCAUGCUCGGCAGGUCCGGGUAUCGGGCGCUGCCCUUGGGGGACUUUGACCGUUUCCAGCAGUCGAGCUUCGGCUUCCUGGGCUCGCAGAAGGGCUGCUUGUCCCCGGAGCGGGGCGGCGUGGGGCCGGGGGCCGAUGCGCCCCAGAGCUGGCCUUCCUACCUCUGCCAUGGCCUCAUCAGUUUCCUGGGGUUCUUGCUGCUGCUGAUUACCUUCCCUGUUUCCGGCUGGUUUGCCUUGAAGAUUGUGCCCACCUAUGAGCGGAUGAUAGUGUUUCGACUGGGCAGGAUCCGCACCCCUCAAGGGCCUGGCAUGGUUCUGCUCCUGCCCUUCAUUGACUCUUUUCAGCGGGUGGACUUGAGGACACGAGCUUUCAAUGUCCCUCCCUGCAAGUUGGCCUCUAAGGAUGGGGCUGUGCUGUCUGUGGGGGCCGACGUCCAGUUCCGCAUCUGGGACCCGGUACUAUCUGUGAUGACUGUGAAGGACCUGAACGCAGCCACGCGCAUGACAGCCCAGAAUGCCAUGACCAAGGCCCUGCUCAAGAGGCCUCUGCGGGAGAUUCAGAUGGAGAAGCUCAAGAUCAGCGACCAGCUCCUGGUAGGCAGCUCUCACACGGUAGAGCUGGAAAUCAACGAUGUGACCAGGGCCUGGGGGCUGGAGGUGGACCGAGUGGAACUGGCAGUGGAGGCUGUGCUCCAGCCACCCCAGGACAGCCCAGCAGGGUCCAGCCUAGACAGCGCCCUCCAGCAGCUGGCCCUCCACUUCCUGGGAGGAGGCCUGUCCUCGGGGGCAGGAGGUGCCCCACCCCCAGGGCCAGCGGACACCUUGGAGAUGGUGAGCGAAGUCGAGCUGCCUGCCCCUCACGGCGGCGCCGGGCCCAGCCCGAAGCAGCCUGUGGCCGAGGGGCUGCUGACGGCCCUGCAGCCCUUCCUGUCGGAGGCCCUGGUCAGCCAGGUCGGGGCCUGCUACCAGUUCAACGUCCUCCUGUCCAGCGGGACCCAGAGCAUCUACUUCCUCGACCUCACUACAGGGCACGGGAGGGUAGGACACGGGGUGCCUGACGGCAUCCCUGAUGUGGUGGUGGAGAUGGCUGAAGCAGACCUGCGGGCACUUCUGUGCAGGGAGCUGCGGCCCCUGGGGGCCUACAUGAGUGGGCGGCUAAAGGUGAAGGGCGACCUGGCCGUGGCCAUGAAGCUGGAGGCUGUCCUCAGAGCCCUGAAGUAGCAGCCUUGGCUGACUGUCCAUAGCCCAGCCCCAAGUCUGGCAUCAAGCCAGGGGGGGCAUCUGGGAGGAGGAGGCACCGGUGCUGUACCUUGGAUUGUUGAAGCCUUGAGAAGUUUCAGCCCCAGCCAGGAGCCAAUGAAUGGAGGCUGGCAGACACCAGACUCUGGGAGAGACUAAGUCAGGCUGCCCUGCCUUGCUCACCUACAGCGGUCUUCUGAACAAGCCUUUGCCCGUCCUGGUACCCUGCUGAGUGCCCAGCCCCGAGCUGAGUACACAGUGUGAUGACAAGAGAGCCAGGCCUGCUUCGCUCUGCUGGCUACCUGAGUGGAGAGGCAGGGCCCAUAGAAACAGUUUGACCAUAACUGGUUUGGUCCCAGUGUGAAGGAGCAAAGCAUGUGGCUCAGGUCCAGCUCCAGAGUGGGGAUCAGAGACGUGGAGUCGGGGAGAAGGAAGGCAGCCAUCAAGAGGUCACUGCAUGGCGGGGAUUUGGGGGUUGGGCUGGGCCUGCCUUCCUGGUUGCAGCCUAGGCCCAGGCUGCUGGGUGGUGGGGAUGGAAAAGCAUGGGGCCUGCUCUGCCGCCGGCCCUGCUCCUGAAGAUGUCUUGACUAAUCCGCCAGCUCCGUCUUGCAUGCUUGACGGGCUGGGGCCCAGGGCAGCAUGUUGGAGAGCCCUGCUGUUCUGUGCUUUAUACCAGAGGUUUGCAAACCACCAAUAAAUGUGCUGUUUACAAUGUA